AUGCCACAGAGCCCGGUCUCCAGUGAUGAUGAGAGGCGCGGUGGCUCCGACUCUGACACCGAGAGCUCCGAGGACGGGGCCGUGCGGGGCGGCGCCGGCGCUGACUCCACCGUCGCCCCGCCGAGACCCAUCCAGACCGAUUUCAGUAUGAUGGUAUUCCGCAUCGGGAUUCCCGACCUCCAGCAGACGAAAUGUCUUCGAUUUAACCCUGACGCCACUAUCUGGGCAGCAAAGCAGCAGGUGCUGUGCACACUGAACGAGAGCCUGAAGGAUGUACUGAACUACGGCCUGUUCCAGCCAGCCAGUAACGGGCGAGACGCCAAGUUCCUGAACGAGGAGAAGCUCCUUCGAGAGUACCCGCAAUCCUUUGAGAAGGGAGUGCCGUAUUUGGAGUUUCGCUACAAGACGCGGGUUUAUAAGCAGACCAACUUGGACGAGAAGCAGCUGGGGAAGCUUCACACGAAGGCCAGUUUGAAGAAGUUUCUGGAAUAUGUCCAACAUGGAGCAGCGGAGAAGGUUCUUAAACUCCUGGAUAAAGGGCUGGACCCCAACUUCCAUGAUGCAGAGACUGGAGAGGUGCCGCUGACAUUGUCCGCCCAGCUGGAGAACUGCCCGGACGUUAUCCGAGUGUUGUGCCUUGGAGGGGCCCACAUCGACUUCCGAGCGCGAGAUGGGAUGACGGCGCUGCACAAGGCAGCCAUUUACGGCAACUACAAUGCGGUCUCGACACUGCUGGAACAAGGGGCGUCUCCGAAUUACAAGGACCGGCGUGCACUGACGCCUCUCUACCACACGGCCAUCGUGGGCGGCGACACCAGCUGCUGUGAGCUCUUGCUCUACCACCGGGCUCAGAUCGGCUACGCCGAUGAAAAUGGCUGGCAGGAAAUUCACCAGGCUUGUCACCACGGUCACGCGCAGCAUCUGGAACACCUCUUGUUCUACGGAGCGGAGAUCAACAGCCUGAACGCGUCGGGGAACACGGCGCUCCACCUAUGUGCUCUCUACAACAGGUAUAGUUGCACUCGUAUCCUGCUCUACCGGGGGGCCAACAAGGAGAUGAAGAACAACAAUCGACAGACCUCCUUCCAGGUGGCCAUCAUCGCAGGCAACUUUGAGCUGGGCGAGUUCAUCAAGAAUCACAAGGACACCGAUGUGGUUCCGUUCAAGGAGACCCCUGUCUACGCGCCGGAGCGGAGGGAGGGGUACAAUGCGCUCUCCGUCCCCCACACCCUGCAACGUUCCAGCAGCGAUAACAACCUCAACAUCCCCGACUGGCUGAACUUCUCCAGCGGACAGACCGCCCGCAACCCCAAUGGCACCCUGCGCAGCAUCAGCAGUCCCCGGGGGGGCCGCAGCCGCUCGCCGUCCCGCAGCCGGCAGGGUGAUGACCCCAAGAAACAGCAGCGCGGGCGCCUCAGGUAUCUACCCGCUGAGGGGUGGCGGGUGGGGUCGAUGGGGAGCAAGGACUCGGCAGGCAGCACGCUGGGCCGCGGGGUGAAGCGCAAGCUGUACUCCGCCGUCCCCGGAAGGCUCUUCAUGGUGGUGAAGUCGUACCAGCCGCAGGGAGAAGGGGAAAUCCAGCUCAACAAGGGUGAAAAGGUCAAAGUCCUCAGUAUCGGAGAAAGGGGAUUCUGGGAAGGCACGGUGAAAGGACGGACAGGCUGGUUUCCUGCCGAGAAUGUGGAGGAGGUGCCAAAUAAACCCCAGGAAAGCAAACACGAGAGCCGCAGUGAAAAGGCAAAGCGAUUGUUCCGGCACUACACCGUGGGAUCGUACGAUAGCUUCGAUGCUCCAAGUGACUAUAUCAUCAAAGAGAAGACGGUGCUGCUGCAGAAGAAAGACAGUGAGGGAUUUGGAUUUGUGCUCCGGGGAGCCAAAGCCCAGACACCCAUCGAGGAGUUCACCCCCACGCCAGCCUUCCCCGCACUCCAGUACCUCGAGUCUGUGGAUGAAGGUGGAGUCGCUUGGAGAGCGGGAUUACGGAUGGGUGACUUCCUGAUUGAGGUGAACGGACAGAACGUUGUGAAGGUGGGGCACCGUCAGGUGGUCAACAUGAUCCGGCAGGGAGGCAACAACCUCAUGCUCAAAGUAGUCAUGGUAACCCGCAACCCCGACAUGGAGGAGGCCUCCCGGAAGAAAGUCACGUCGCAGAACAAACGGCUGACUGCUCCCACGAUCGCCCUGCGUUCAAAGUCUAUGACCUCAGAACUCGAGGACCUGGCAUCUCCGUGGAACAGGAAGAGUGAUUAUGAACCUUCACAGGCGACAGAGAAGAGGAAGGUUUACCAGAUGGCACUAAACCGACUGGACGAGAUCCUGGCUGCCGCCCAGCAGUCCAUCGCCAACGAGACGGCCGGAGGUCAGGCUGGCAUUCCCAAACCCCGUCCUGUCCCCAGAACCUACUACAGUCCUGAGCCACUAUACGGGCAGACGGGAAUGUCGAUAAUGGGGCCUCCAAUCAGCUUCGACCGUCCAUACCUAGCAGCACAACAAGGAAUGAUGCGGCAGAAGUCAAUGGGAGCCUCUGAGGAGGAAAAGCAAUUCCUGGUGCCUCCGGCCUUCAAAUUUGCCCGCAGCCUCUCGGUGCCCAGCGCAGACGAUAUCCCCCCCCCACCCACAACCGCUCCUCCGGACCCGCCCUUCAACCUGGUGCAGCCCCGCGCCGGACCUCCGCCACCCCCUCCCACCCUGGCCCAGGCCCCAUCCCCGUCCUCGGCUUCCUCCCGCGCCGUCUUCAACGCAGCUGAUGCGGGCAGCCUGUACGCUGGCCUGCGGCAGGAGCUGGCGGAGGCCAAAGAUCGGCACCGGCGGGAGAAGGCAGCAGCGGCCCUGCGGCAGGCGGGCGAACAGCUCUCCGAGGACAGGCCGACCCACCACCCGGGGGCCGGGGUCCCCCUCGGGCCCUCCGCCGCCAGGAGCCGCCGGGGCCAGGCCGCGGAGGCCCGCUACUCCAACCCGGCGGGCCGCGCGGCCAACGCCGCCAUGUACGUGCCGGCCAAGCCGCUGCGGCGCAAGGGGCCGCUGGUGAAGCAGUCCAAGGUGGAGGACGAGCAGCCGCAGACACAGGCGCCCCCACCGCCGCCAGCGGAGAAGACCUGCUCCAUCCCCAUCCCCACCAUCAUCGUCAAGGCGCCGUCCACCAGCAGCAGCGGCCGCAGCAGCCAGGGCAGCAGCGUGGAGGCGGAGGCGGGGCCCGAGGCGCCACAGGCCCGCCACGGCAUGGAGCUGAGUGCGGGGCCCGGGCCUGCGGUCGUACCGGGGACGUCUCGGCGAGACCGCGACCACCGCGAGCGCUACGCCGAGGCCCGCCACAACUCGGCCACCUUCCUAUCGACAGACGAGGCGGAGACCCGCAGGCACCCGUCCCCGGCCCGGCGGCUCGCUCACUCCAAGUCCAUCGACGAAGGCAUGUUCAACCAUGCUGACGCCUUCCUCAACCUGGUGGCAUCGGCCGGCCGGUCCUACCCCGUGCAGACCAAGGCGGGCAAGCCGGCACAGGGGGCGGGCAGCGCCUUCAGCUCCCCAGCCCCCUCAGCCCUGGGGCAGCGGGGAUCUGGGAGUGGGGGAUCGGUGGUGGCUGGUACCUUCAUCCAUCCCUUGACCGGCAAGGUGCUGGAUCCCGAGUCUCCUCUAGGCCUGGCUCUGGCCGCCCGCGAGCGCUCACUCAAGGAGCAGGCCAGACCGGAGCCCGAGGAGCGCAAGGCGCUGGUCUCGGCCCGUUACUCUGAGCCCAGCCAGGGUGAUGGAGCCAAGCCCCCGGUCUUGGCUGGAGGGGGGCCAGCAAGCGCUCGAGGGCCAGAGGAGGAGGCGACGGUAGCAGCUCCCCCCGAAGCCCCAGCCCGAGUUCGGGCCCACCCGGCGGCUCCCCCUGGGAGCCCGACCCGGGUCCGAGCCCACCCGGCACCUCCGCCCGAGCCCCCGGCCAGGGUUCGGGCCCACCCAGAGGCCCCCCCUGAGAGCCCAGCCAGGGCCCGAGCAUACCCGGCGGCUCCCCCUGAAGCCCCAGCCCUGCCGCUGACCGCUCUGCCGCCGCCUGCCCCCUCACUCGACGUCGAUGAGGAGUUUGUCUUCAGCGACCCACUGCCGCCGCCCCUCGAGUUCUCCAACAGCUUCGAGGGGCCCGAGGUGGUCGUGCCUCCGCCACCGCCCCCCAGCUCACCGCCCCCUCCCCCUCCCCCGCCCCCGCCCCCUCCUCCGCCUCCCCCCCCGCCGCCUCCGCCUGGCCCCGAAGCUCAGAGCCUGCCCACCGUUGACUCCACCGGCUCCAGCCUCACCUCCUACGACAGCGAGGUAGCCACCCUGACCCAGGCACCCAAGGAGGGGCAGGGCGGCUGCCUGGAGGGGGCAGGGGCCAGAGCCCAGGGGGCAGCAGGCAGGGGCGGGUGCCAGGCCUCGGUCCAGACCCCGCCCGAGGCGGUGGGCGACUCGGGCAUCGAGGAGGCGGACAGCCGGAGCGGCAGCGACCAUCACCCCGAGGCGGCGGGCGGCGCCUCGGCCCUGUCACCCGAGGGCGACGGCCUGCUCGACACCUACGUGGCCGCCUACCUGGACGGCCACGUGCUGGGCCCCGAGCAGCAGCCGGCGGUCGCCUUCCCCUGCCGGCCCCGCGCCCGGCCCGGCCCGCCGCCCCGGGGCCUCCCCUACCCGCCCCAGCCCCCGGCCCCCGUCCCCCCGCUGUGGGAGGAGCCCCUGCACAGCCAGGUGCCCAGCAUGGCCUCGAUGAAGGCCAGCAUCAUCAGCGAACUCAGUUCCAAGCUCCAGCAGAUGAGCGGGGGCCCUUGGGCCCGGCACGGAGAGAGCAUGGGGCCACCGACUGCUGCCAAGCCUCCACCGCCCCGCCACAGGUUCUCGGAUGACCCCACCCUGGGCGCAGCUGCACAGAAGCCUCCGAUGAGCAGCACCUUCCAGAACUGGCCCCAGAAUCCCCUCUCCGGGCCCAGGCCCCCCAAGACGGUGGAGUUUGACAUCAAGCCGGUGCUACGCAGGGCCCCCAGCCCCUCCAUGUCGCCAGCCGAGCCGCGGACUGGCCCUGCCACCCCUCGCCCUUCCUCCCUGCCCAUCCUGCCCUCGGCUGUGGGGGCACCCCCGCCACCGGUAGCCUAUGAUGCCCACAGCGCCCCCGCCUCGGGGGGCAACAGCUACGCCAGUUUCCCACCGAGCAGCCGAGCCCACUCGCCGGCCGCAGGGUUCCAGUCGCCCCCUCCCGUACCCCCGGACAAGCCCUUCGCUGCCAAGCCUCUGGCCUUCUGGAGCAAGUUCGAUGUGGCCGAUUGGCUGGAGUACCUGCACCUCGGCGAACACAAGGAGCAUUUCCUGGACAAUGAAAUUGACGGCAGCCACCUGCCCUCGCUACAGAAGGAGGACUACGUGGACCUGGGAGUCACCCGUGUCGGGCACCGCAUGAACAUUGAACGGGCCUUGAAGCAGCUCCUCGAGAGGUGAUCCCUGGGUGUGGGGCUGCUACACGUGGGCUCCCCUCCCUACCCCUCAAUUCUCCCUCCCAACCCCAGCAGUAUUUUCUCCACCCAUCACCAAAUCCAACCCAAAUCCUGCUUUAAUCCCUUGCCCCGCUCUGACCAUCUCCCAGCCCAACAUAAACCAAAUUUCAGUUCCUCCCCAUUCUCACAACACAAACAAAACCCACGCCCAGUUUCCCACAUCCUCCAAAUCCAAACCCACCCCUCCCCAGUCCAAAUCCUUACCCCCACUCAAGCCAACACAAACCGACCUUCAGUCCCUCCCCAUUCUCCCAACAAAAUCAAAAUCUAUCUUCAGACCCCACGCCUGCCCAAUCCAAACCCAACCCUCCCACCCAAAUGUUUGUCCCACUUUCUCUUCCCCAACCCAAACGAAACCAUUCCCCAAACUCUCGCCCCACUUUCCCAAGACCACCAAACCAACUGAAACCCAUUGCCAGACCCCACAUUCUCCCACCCCCAAUUCUCUCUUCCUACUCUGAAACUCAUCCCGCCCCUUUCUCCACUCUUCAAAUAAUCAAAACCAACCUUCAAUCCCACCCCAACU